AUGACAUGUCCGGUCUGUGAUGACUUAACCUCCACCUUAAACUCACGUUUAACAGACAUAGCCUACCCCGAAGGCGAAAAGCUACCGCCCAACCUCCCCAAUCCCCGCGACGACGGAGCAUGCGAUCACCUAAAAAUAGGCGAGCCCAAAGUGUCAUCCAUCGCACUGACAUCGACGUCGGAAGAAACCGUGGACCUCUCGUCACUACCAGGCGUGACCGUACUCUUCUGCUACGCGCGCAUGGGGGCGCUGGGCGAGCACAUCUGCAAAGCGUGGGACGCGAUCCCCGGCGCGCGCGGCUGCACCCCCCAAGCCUGCUCCUUCCGCGACGCGGUGGCAGACCUGCAGGGAAAGGGCGUGAACCGCAUCUUCGGCUUGAGCACGCAGAGCACGGAGCAGCAGCGGGCGCUGCGCGAGAGGCUGGGCUUGCCGUACGCGCUGUUGAGCGACAAGGGGUCUGCCUUCAUCGAGAGGAUGCGCCUGCCCGUCUUCACGUGGGGCAAGGUCAAGCUGCUCAAGCGCGUCAUGAUGCUACUCGUCGAUGGCGAUAUCGUUUGGGUCCACUAUCUUGUGUUUCCGGCCGAUGAGAGCGCGAACGCUGUCGUGGCGUACUUGGAGAGUGAAGAGUGGCAGCAGCUGGUCGCCUCAAGGCUUGAGAGGCAGGGUAUUCGCAGGUGUGGAAACGAGUGA